AUGUGGGGGGAUUCUCCAUCUGCUAAGAGAACAGGACCCUUUCGUGGGAGCCAAGAAGAAAGGUUUGCUCCCGGGUGGAACAGGGACUACUCUCCUCCCCUUAAGAGUCAUGCUCAAGAGAGACAUGGCAACUUUCCUGGCAGAGAUUCACUUCCCUUUGAUUUCCAGGGGCACUCGGCUCCCUUUGCAAAUGUAGAGGAACAUUCUUUCAGCUAUGGAGCUAGAGACAGACCACAUGGUGACUAUCGAGGAGGGGACAGACCUGGACAUGACUUUAGGGGGGAGGAUUUUUCGUCCUCUGAUUUCCAGAGCAGGGAUUCAUCACAGUUGGACUUCCGGGGUAGGGUCAUACAUGGUGGGGAUUUUCAGGAUAGAGAAAGACCACCUAUGGACUACAGGGGUGGAGAUGGUACGUCUAUGGAUUAUAGAGGUAGAGAGACAUCUCACAUGAACUACAGAGAUAGAGAUGCUCACUGUGUCGACUUCAGAGGUAGGGAUGGGCCACCUUCUGACUUCAGGGGUCGGGGUGCUUAUGGUUUAGACUUUAGAGGUCGGGAUGGAUCCCGUGCAGAUUUUAGGGGAAGGGAUUUAUCAGAUUUGGAUUUCAGGCCCAGAGAUCAGUCCCGUUCUGAUUUUAGGAGUAGAGAUGUACCUGAUUUGGACUUCAGGGAUAAAAAAGGGACACAGGUGGACUUUAGAGUCCGAGGUUCAGGUACUGCUGAUCUAGACUUUAGGGACAGGGGCACCCCACAUUCAGAUUUCAGAGGUAGGCACCGGUCCAGGGUUGAUCAGGAUUUUAGGGGCAGAGAAGUGGGAUCUUGUAUGGAAUUUAAAGAUAGGGAGAUUCCCCCUGUGGAUCCAAAUAUUUUGGAUUACAUUCAGCCCUCCACACAAGAUAGAGAACAUUCUGGUAUGAAUGUGAAUAAGAGAGAAGAAUCCACACAGGACCAUGCAAUAGAAAGGCCUGCUUUUGGCAUUGAGAAGGGAGAAUUUGAACAUUCAGGAACAAGAGGAGAAACACAAGGUGCAGAUUUUGAACUUGAGUUGCCAUCAGACUUUCACAACAGUCAAAGUUCACUUCAAGACCAAGACAAGUCACAGCUCUCUGGAGGUGAACAUCAGAGUUCAGAUGCUGGUCUGUUUAAAGAAGAAGGUGGUCUGGACUUCCUUGGCUGGCAAGACACUGAUUAUAGAAGCAUGGAGUACCGGGAUGUGGAUCACAGGCUGCCAGGAAACCAGAUCUAUGGAUAUGGCCAGAGCAAGUCUUUUCCAGAGGGCAAAACUGCCCGAGAUCCCCAUCAGAACCUUCAGGAUCAAGAUUAUAGGACUGGUCCAAGUGAGGAGCAACCAAGCAAGCUUAUUCAAUUAAGUGGGGUGCCUGAAAACACCAUGAAGGAAGAGAUGCUUGAUGCCUUUCGGACUCCCGAUGGCCUGCCAGUAAAGGAUUUGCAGUUGAAAGAGUAUGCCACACAUUAUGACUAUGGCUAUGUCUGCGUGGAGUUUUCACUCUUGGAAGAUGCCAUCGGAUGCGUGGAGGCCAACCAGGGAACUCUAAUCAUCCAUGACCCAGAGGUCACCCUUGAGUACAUACCAAGCCCAGAUUUUUGGUACUGCAAACGCCAUAAAGGAAACACUAGUGGACACAGGUCUUCAUGCUCAUUCUGCAAAGGCCCAUGGGAAGAGAACAGAACCGGACCCAUGGGCCACACCUACGGCUUCAUCGACCUCGACUCCCAUGCGGAAGCACUUCGCGUCGGGAAGAUAUUGCAGAAUCUUGACCCACCGUUCAGCAUUGAUGGGAAGAUGGUCGCUGUUAACCUGGCCACUGGGAAACGGAGAAAUGAUUCUGGGGACCUUUCUGACUACAUGCACUACGACCAAGGUCAAAAAUAUUUCCGAGAUAGGAGGGGAAGUGGCAGAAAUUCAGACUGGUCUUCAGAUUCAAAUCGCCCAGGACAGCAGUCAUCAUCUGAUUGCUACAUAGACGAUUCUGCUACUGGUUGCUAUUAUGACCCCUUGGCAGGAACUUACUAUGAUCCCAAUACCCAGCAAGAAGUGUAUGUACCCCAGGACCCAGGGUCCCCUGAGGAAGAAGAGAUCAAGCAAAAGAAGCCUGCAGGCCAAGGAAAGUCAAGUGGCAAGAAGGAAACUUCUAAAAGAGACAGCAAAGAGAAAAAGGACAAAGGCGUGGCAAAGUUUCAGGAAAAUGCCAAUGAGGAGAAGGCCCCCCUAGAAGACGUCUUUAAGAAGCCCCUGCCUCCCACUGUGAAGAAGGAAGAGAGUCCACCUCCACCGAAGGUGGUAAACCCCCUCAUCGGCCUCCUUGGUGAGUAUGGAGGAGACAGUGACAAUGAGGAGGAAGAAGAGGAGGAGCAGCAGGCCCCUCCCCCACAGCCUCGCGUAACACAGCCCCAGCAAAGGGAGGAGCUGAGCAAAAAGGAGAACGAAGAAGACACACUCACUGACUGGAUCAAACUGGCUUGUCUGCUCUGCAGAAGGCAGUUCCCCAAUAAGGAGGUUCCCAUCAAACACCAGCAACUCUCAGACCUGCACAAGCAAAACCUGGAAAUCCACCGGAAGAUCAAACAGUCUGAGCAGGAGCUAGCCUACCUGGAGAGGAGAGAACGAGAGGGCAAGUUUAAAGAAAGAGGGAAUGAUCGCAGGGAGAAGAAAAUGUUCGGAAUAACCAAAAGAUAUGUGGGCACUGAUCAUGUUAAUCUCUACUCGUGA